AUGAACAGAGUGAGAACAGAAAUAAACAGAUUAUUCAAAAAGAACUAUUUAGUCGAAUGCGAAGAUACCCUCUUUGGCUCUUCGUUUAUUGUGGUGAUCCAGGGACCCUCUGGAACGCCCUUUUCCCGAGGAAAAUAUAAGAUAAGAAUAUUUCUACCGCAAGAUUUCCCGUUCAAAUCUCCGUCAAUAGGAUUCAUUACGAAAGUGUUCCACCCAAACAUCGACGAAAGCAGCGGGACUGUCUGCCUCGAUGUUCUCAACCAAGUGUGGUCUCCCUUGUAUGAUGUGCUAAACAUAGUUGAAACAUUUCUUCCGCAGCUAUUGGCCUAUCCCAACCCAGAUGAUCCGUUAAAUAUUGAGGCGGGGAGGCUGUUCAGAGAAAGCAAAGAAGAGUAUGAAAAAAAGGUGGGGGAGUACGUGAGCCAGUAUGCGAUCCCACAGGAAGAGAUAGACGCGGAUUUGUGCGAAGAAAUUGCAUAA